AUGGUCGGCUAUGAGAGUGAUACCGCCGCAUCGAGUAUCUACGACCAUCCUCAAGCUACGCCACCGGCGCGUGACACCGUGCGCACCGCGCCUAAUCUAUUCGUGGAACGCGAGGAGGUACCUUCACCCCUUGCACAGCGUUCAGCCAUCGACCCUGCGUUGGGUUUGUUGCACAACAAACUUGAUGAAGAUCAAGCUCAAUAUCUGCAGUCGGUCGAUGGCCGUAAGCGUCAAGCACAAUGUGUAGCCACAACGCGUGCUCACAGUGGUUACCACUUCACACAACCGAGUGUGGAUGAACGCAUUACCCAGGCUUCCGGGCAGUCACUCCCAACUUGGGUUACGGGACUCAAGGCUGUCACAGCGCCGCACUAG